CGGUGACGCAGUUUGCAUGAAGGCGGGAACCAGCAACAAGGUGGCGCCGGGUCCGAGCACGAGCCAGGUGCCACCGGACGGCGACAGCCACGAAGCCGAGGGCGAGUAUGCUGAGAACGUACGCGCCAAGGCGCUCUGGCAGCGCGUCGUCUCGCUCACGCUGCCGCGCCCUGACGUGGAGAUCAUCGACAUUUACCACCGGCGGACGCUCCCGCAGCUGCUCAUGGUCCACCCCAACUCGAGCUUUCGGCGAGCGUGGGACUUGAGCAUCGCCGCGGCCGUCAUCUACGUCUGCAUCAUGACACCGGCGUCGCUCGGCUUUGACUUUGUCGCGUGGGGCUCGAACGUCGCAUCCUUCGAGUCGUUCUUGGAUGCGUGCUUUGUCUGCGAUAUGGUGCUAUCGUUCCGGACCGGGUACUACGAGAACGGCGAGCUGCACAUGGAGGCGCGUGUCGUCGCGCGGCACUACCUCCGCUCGUGGUUCAUCGUCGACUUUGUCUCCAACUUCCCCCUGAGCUACGUGAUUCCGUCGAGCAACAAGCGCCAGACGUCGGUCAAGAUCCUCAAACUGCAGAAAAUACCCAAGUUACUGCGCUUUGGCGUCCUCCUCAAGUACAUGCGGCAGUACGCCAAGUACUACCACCUCCUCGUCACGGGCAUCACCAUGUCGCUCGGCCUCCACAUCUUUACCUGCAUCUGGGCCAACAUCUUCAACAAUUGCUACGCCGACGUGACGCUCUGCAGCGACUGGGACACGGCGUCGAGUAUUUACGCCGAGUCGUUCCAUAAUGUCCUUCUCACGUUUCUCGGCAUCGCCGAAGCCUCUUCGUUCCAGAUGACGUCGCAGCUCGCGUCGCCAUUCGAGACGUAUCGACCGAACAUGUACACGCUCAGCUCGUUCAUCGCGCUCUUUGGAGUGCUCAACUGCGCACUCCUCUUCGGCCACACCCUCACACUGCUCCUCAGCUGGGACCAACAAAGCUCGACGUUCCGUAAUCGCAUGGACGUCAUCUCGUCAGAAAUGAAGUACUACGACCUGCCCGCGGACCUCCAGCACCGCGUCAAGCGCAACUACGACUACCUCUGGAUCAACCAACGCGCGUACUCGGACAUGACGCUGCUCAACCAACCGGGCUUGUCCAAACCGCUGCGCACAACGAUCGCGCUGCACUUGUACAAGGACUUGCUCAACACCGUGCCGAUCUUUGCCGGCUCGGACGGACGCUUCCUCGGCAAAGUGUGCAUGGCGCUCGACACGGCCGUGUACCUUCCCGCCGACGUGAUCAUUCACCAAGACGACAUUGGCCGCGAAAUGUUUAUUGUGCGAAAGGGGACCGUCGAAGUGCUGCCGCCGCGGGCCAAGACGAGCGCGCUGCACCCGAUCAUGCGCAAGCUCCGGUCGACCAAGGACGGCGCGCGCAUCCUGCUCAAAGACGGGGAUUUCUUUGGGGAGACGGCGCUCGUCGCCGAAGUCCGUCGCACGAACACGGUCGUCGCGGACUCGAUCUGUGACCUCAACGUCCUCAGCAAGCACGCGUUCAACGAAAUCUUGGCCGAGUACCCUGAGUUUGGCGUCAAAAUGAAAAAGUCGGUCGUCGCGCGCCAGCUCGCCAACAUGAACUUUCAGUCGUCGACAGCCAAGCUCAAGGUCGAGACGGAGCUCAACCACCUCGUCGACAAGUCGCUCAUGCGCCGUCGCUUUGACAUGUCCUUCAAGGGCAUUUACCGCUCCAAACGCAUGGCUGACAAGCUCCAAGCGAUCCAGGACCGGAACCGACGCGCAGAAGCCAAACCCGCUCGUAAAUCCAUUAUCCAAGGGCUCAUGGCGCGCAAGGCGUCGGUCACCCAGCUUCUCAGUCGACGGGGCUUUGUGCUCAAGCCAUCGCCGUCCGGGAAGAACGUGAUAGAGCAACUCGACACGCCCCCCGGACCCCCUUCCGCCCCCCCGCCAGGCCAAGAGCUCCCGCCACCACCGGACCCGCCGUCCGUCGUAGUGGACGAGUCGCGUCUCGCGUCGUUGACGUCCGAGCCAUUGCCCGCCAGCGAUAUGGUGCCAAUGGCGCUUCUUGAAAUCAACCGCAUGGUCGCCGACAUCAAGAAGGCUAUGGACAAGGUCCAGCGGAAGAUCGCACAGCAGGCGCGACAGAGCUUGGACGGCGACGACGACGAUGACAGUGACAGCGACGACGUGGCGGACGACGACGACGGCGCUCGGAGUUCUCCAAUGGCGUUGUCGAGAUCCCGCUUCAAGCUGGGCACCGAGCCGCCGAUUCUAGAGGCCAACGAAGAAGACCACUCGAUGCCGGCCCACAGUGAUGCAGAGCCGAAAGCGCCAAGCUCUGAGUUUUAAGCUCUAAGCUCUAAGCUCUGAGUUUUAAGCUAUAAGCUGCAAGGAAUGAGUUCAAGC